CUUAGCUCGAUUUCACCCUCGUCCACCUCUCGUCUACCACAGUCAUGGACCAUCGCCCGCAAGCCUGGGGCCGUCCCAGAGAUGACAUCUAUGGCGCCUACGAUGCUUCUUACCUCCAAACCAGCGGCCCCAAGACGGCGACACAAUCUCCCGUCGUGACAGGAACCUCCGUCAUCGCCAUCAAGUUCAAGGACGGCAUCGUCAUGGCAGCCGACAACUUGGCGUCCUACGGCUCCCUAGCACGCUUCACCGACGUCAAGCGGCUGCGCACCUUCCUGGAUACGUCCGUGGUCGGCUUCGGCGGGGACGUCUCGGACAUGCAGUUCCUCGACCGCCACCUCAAGGAGCUUGCCAUCGAUGAGGCAUACGAACAUAACGACGACCAACAACAACAAGACGACGACGACUCCCACCACAAGUCCACACCGGGCACCGCGCUCAACGCCGCCAACCUGCACAAGUACCUGCAGAAGCUCAUGUACCGGCGACGCAAUGAUUUCGACCCGCUCUGGAACCAGAUCCUGGUGGGCGGGCUGGACGCGGCGCGGAAGCCGUUCCUGGCGUCGGUCGACCUGCGCGGGACGGCCUUCACCUCCCCUUCGCUGGCCACCGGCUUUGGCGCCGCGCUGGCCCAGCCCAUCAUGCGGCGGUACGCGGCGACGGACGAGGACGCGGCGCGCCUGACGCGCGAGCAGGCCGUCGACGUGGUCAAGGAGUGCAUGAAGGUGCUCUUUUACCGCGACGCGCGCUCCCUGGACCGCUACAGCAUCGCCGUCGUCACCAAGGACGGCGUCGAGCUGAGCGAGGACGAGCAGCUCGAGAGGCAGAGCUGGGCGUUUGCCGAGCGGAUUCGCGGCUACGGCACUCAGACCGUCUGAUGUGUCCGUCUAGGGGAAAAGAGAAAGGGGUUGGAGUCUAUUAUGCAAUGGGGGCGAUGAUGGGUAGCUCAUGAAAUUUAUGCGCUGGACUUUACGGCAAAGCGUGGGUUGCUGUGUCCUCCGGAUACUUUAGAUGGCUGUCAUAACGGGAUGCCGAGCCCUGUCGGGGUGAAACUUCUGUAACAUUAGAAAUGCGGAAAUACUGGUGUGGUCUCUGUGACUGCAUCCUCAAUUAUCGCAUAACGCAUGACACUGCAUGUGACAAUACUACCUGAUGCUAUCGCU